GAAAUGUUCAAAAAUGAAGGGCUUGUUCGCACUGAAGGUGACUCAACACCAAAUGCAAUCUGUUUUGGUCCUCCUCUCUUUUUUGGUGGCAAACACAAAUGGACCCUGCGUAGCCAUUCAUUUAUUCAUACGCAAGGGGAGGGGCACCAUGCCACGGACCCUUUAUCAUAACUUGCUUCUCAGGGAAGAGGGGCAUCAUCGCCAUGAACGCAAUCCUACAGGCCAUACCCUCCCAUGUCCUGUCUUGUUUAUCCCCCACGAACAACAUCUUACUGGACAGGGCAUAGCUGGGUCGAGCGAGAAAGCAAGAGAGCCGUCGAGUCAGAGUGAUUCGAUCGUGGCGUGCUCAUCCACCCACUCACUUCAAGGCACCGGAGCACAGACCUCAUUUGCUUGCACGAGUCUUUUUUGUUUCCCUUCAAUGCUGCAGCUCAGCAUGUCCAUCCUCAACCCUCAGAGGAGAGCCCUCUGUUGCCUCAACUCGCUCGUCCGAUAUGCAUCAUAUACCGCUGCACAUCAUCACAGCUAGACUACGUGCACUAAAAUGCACAUAGUUCAUAUGGGGUCAAUUGCCAUUUAUUGAUAUAGUCACUUUCGAGCCAAACCCGAGAAACGGGUUUGCUGUAACUCACUUCGCGUUCAGGGCAAAAAAAAAGAUCCUAUGAUGAUGACAUCAUGUGAUGACCCCGUCGAUUCUCUUUUUCAUCCACUUCUUCUUUUGCUGAACUUCUUCUCAUCUUGCACU